AUGAAAAAAUUUAAUUUCUUCCACAAGCUUUCUCGUCCACAUAAUUUUAUUGCUUGCAGUUGGCGAUCGUACUCGACAUCAUCCACCCCUAAUAAUAAUAAUAAUGAAAUUUAUGUAUGGGGAUCGAUUGGGGAUGAGAAAAUUCCAAAGCCAACAAAAUUAUUCACAAACACAUCUUCAAAAUCGUAUUUUGGAGGAGAAAAGAUUGUUGAUAUUUGUUGUGGAUCGGAACAUGUGAUCUUUCUUUCUAACGUUGGAAAUUUAUAUGCGUUAGGAAACAAUCAAUAUGGGCAAUGUGGUCACAACCCAAAUAGAAUUCCAUUUGCAGCUGAGCCAACCAAAAUUGAAUUAAGCCAUCCAAUCAAGCAAAUUUACAGCUUGAGAGAUUCAACGUUGGCGUUGGCAAACGAUGAAAGAACUCUGUAUAGUUUUGGUCUUGAUGACUCUUCUCAGUUAGGGCUGGGUUUUAACAGAACUGGAUUUGUUCAUACUCCUCGUAUCGUUGAAAUGAAAUUAGAGAUUGAGAAAAUUCAUGACUUGUAUUGUGGAUCUAGACAUACUUUCAUGAAAUGCACGACAAGAGAUGGAAUGCAAAAAUUAUUUUGUUGGGGACAAAACCAAUUUUCACAACUCCAGCUUGGACACAUGUUUAACCAAAAUGAAAUAACAGAAGCGAUUCUACCAAAGAAUGUCAAUGGCUCAGACGUGUUGGGAAUGAGUUGUGGCAUUUCGCAUAGCAUUCUAUACACGAAAGACAAUGUUUAUAGCGUUGGUAGAGGCAAUGAAGGACAACUUGGAUUUAUUUCUAAAUAUUCGCCUGAAUGGCAGAUCGUUCCAAUGCCUAACCAUCACAUGCGUUCAGACACCAUUCCCAUUAUUGAGAAAAUUUCAAGCGGAAUGGCUCACAGUAUUGCAUUAUUGAACUACUCAGGCAAACAAGAACUUGUAGGAUGGGGAAGUCAUAUUUUCUCUUCUCCAACUCCAACACCUCAACUUAUCAACCACAUGGCAACAAGUGGAAACUCGGAGAAUCGAAUUACACUUUUAGAGAGUGGUUUCAAUCACACGUUCAUUCGAGUAGGUUCUGAGCAUUUGUAUGCUAUUGGAUGUGGAUCCAGUUAUCAACUAGGCCAAGGAUCAAAAAGCAAUGCUGAAGGAAAAUUUGUUUCUGUGUUGCAUCCCAAUGUUUCAAACAUUCGAAAGAUCGCUUCUGGUUUUUCGUUAUCUGUAUCUAUUGGAAUUUGA